AUGUCCGCCUCCACGCACGAGACCGACGAAGAGUUCGACGCCCGGUUCGAAUCAUAUUUCAAUCGUAAGGAUAUCGAUGGAUGGGAAAUCCGAAAGGCGAUGCACGAUUUGCUAUCCGAGGAUCUUGUUCCGGAGCCCCGGAUCAUUUCAGCUGCUCUGCAGGCUUGUAGGAGGGUGAACGAUUUCGCCUUAUGCGUGAGGAUACUCGAGUCCGUAAGAAACAAGUGCGGUAAUCGCGUCAACGAAAUCUACCCGUAUGUUAUUCAGGAAAUACGCCCCACGCUCGACACCUUGGGUAUUAGUACACCAGAAGAGCUGGGUUAUGACAAACCAGAGUUGGCCAUGGAAGAUGUCUAUGAAAUUCACUAA